CUAUUCAAUGUUUUCUCCGUUCACAUUCGCCUCUAUUUGGGACUCGUUUAAUCGUCUACGGUCGUGCGUGUGAUAAUCGGAAAAUAUAUUAACUCCACGGCCGAUUCGGCCGCGGCGACUGCUAUCUAAAUUGGAAAAUAUUAAAAUUGUGUGAUUGUGCUUAUUUAUGUCAAGGUUUCAAAUAUAUCACAGCACACUCCCGAAAAGUUUUUGUGAAAUAAAUCGAAUUAAAGGCAAUUCAUAAACAUGUUAUUAACUAAUAUACUGUUGCUUCUCAUAGUGACCAGUGUACCAACAAAUUCAUUAAUACCUGAAGAUGCGCGUCUUAAUUUUACCGAACUGAGUAUGAAAUACGGUCACAACGCAGAAGAGCAUAGAGUGACCACAGAAGAUGGUUAUAUACUCACUCUAUUCCGUAUACCAGGGAAGAAACCUCCAGUAUUAUUACUGCACGGAUUAAACGACUGUUCAGACACAUUUAUUAUAAGAGGCAAUAGCUCUUUAGCUAUCACAUUAGCUAAUAAAGGCUAUGACACGUGGGCUGGGAAUACAAGAGGCAAUAAAUACGCGCGGCAACACACCAAACUAAAUCCAGAUACAGACCUAUCUUUCUGGGAUCACAGUUUUCACGAACAUGGAUAUUACGAUUUACCUGCUAUUAUUGAUUAUAUUUUAAACGUAACAGGACAUAAGACUAUUAAAAGCAUCGGAAAUUCUGAGGGUACAACAGAUCACUUCGUAUUAGGAUCCCUUAGACCUGAAUAUAACGAGAAAAUCCAACUCCUGAUUGCAAUGGGGCCCUCAGCGUUUUUCAAACAUCUGACGCCGCAACUAUCUUCAUUAAUGGCAAUGGGUCCUUUAUUAGAUCAAGUUGCACGGCCUUUUAAAAUUGAAGAAUUAUUCCGAGAAGGUAGUACUGAAAAAAAAUUUUUUGCGGCAAUCUGUAACCGUAACGCUCUUUUUUGUCGUGACCUUUUAUUUCAAGUUGGGGGACACGAUCCUAAACGCCUAGAACGGGAGUUUUUGCCUGUAUUAUUUGGACAUUUUCCUACAUCAGGAUCGAGGAAAGGUUUUAUUCAUUAUAGCCAACUGGGCUUGAGAAUGCGGUUUGCGUUAUUCGACUAUGGCGCUGCUGACAAUAUUAAACGCUACGGACACACUGAACCACCGGAUUACAAUCUCACUCAAUGUACUAUGAAAACAGCAUUUUUUGUGGGAAAAAACGACCUUGUGUGUGAUGUGAAGGAUGUAGAAUAUCUCCGAGCCGUUCUUCCUAACGUUGUGCUGUAUCAUUUAAUGGAACCGAAGACAUGGAACCAUUACGAUUUCGUUUGGGGUAAUGACAUGCCCAAGACUUUGUAUCCUCACGUUUUUAAGUUGUUGGAGAAAUUUUAACCUCCUGAGACUAAAUGUACAUUACAAUGUACAUAUUCGUUCAAUCUAAAUUGAACCUUUCAUGAACCAAAUAAAGUAGCAUUUCUUUUGUUUCAUUGCUUU